GGGAGCGAUGACGUAUUUAAAGAGAGCGUCUGUUAACGGGAGGAAGAGGGCGAGCGUCCUGCACGAGGACAGGUGAAUCACCAUGACGACAGAGACAGGUGAGCCACAUGAGGCCCAGUCCAAAGAGGCAGAGGUUUUCCCUGAAGCCGCCGCCCACUCCACACCAAAACAGGGAAGCGGGCCGUCCCACAGCCGAGCUCACAGCUCAUUGGCCGAGGAUUCGACGAGUCACCUGUCGUCGAGCAGCCGGAUCGCUCGCUCUCCGGCCAGAAACCCGCUGAGCUUUAGGACCAUGCAGACAAGGGUGUCUCUGCUUGACGGCUCGCUGUUCACCUGCACUGUGGAGAAACGAGCUUGCGGUGUUCAGUUGUUUGAGAAAGUUUGUGAACACGUCAACCUGCUGGAGAGAGACUACUUCUGUCUGUCCUUCAGGGAUGGGGACAACAACAAGAACUGGUUGGAUCCAGCAAAGGAGAUGAAGAAGCAGGUCAGAGGUGUUCCCUGGAACUUCUCCUUUAACGUCAAGUUUUACCCCCCUGACCCCGCCCAGCUCUCUGAGGACAUCACCAGGUACUUCCUGUGUCUCCAGCUCAGACAGGAUAUAGUUUCUGGACGUCUCCCGUGUUCCUUUGCGACUCACACGGUCCUCAGCUCCUACACCGUCCAAUCAGAGCUCGGAGACUACGACCUUGAUGAGUGUGGUUCAGAUUACGUCAGUGAACUCUGUUUCGCUCCAAAUCAAACAAAAGAGAUGGAGCAGAAGAUCAUUGAGCUGCACAAGACAUACAGAGGAAUGACGCCAGCUGAAGCAGAGAUGCACUUCCUGGACAACGUAAAGAAGCUUUCUAUGUACGGAGUCGACCUUCAUCACGCAAAGAUGGUAGGAAGUCGCUUUGACUGUCUGCCUUCAGCUCAGUCAGAGGACUCAGAGGGCGUGGCCAUCAUGCUGGGCGUGUGCAGUAGCGGUCUUCUGGUCUACAGAGACAGACUAAGGAUCAACAGAUUCUCGUGGCCGAAGAUCCUGAAGAUCUCGUACAAAAGGAACAACUUCUACAUCAAGAUCCGACCUGGAGAGUUUGACCAGUUUGAGUCUACUAUUGGUUUCAAGCUGCUGAACCACCGAUCAGCUAAAAGACUGUGGAAAGUGUGUGUGGAGAACCACUCCUUCUUCAGGCUGAUGUCUCCAGAAGAGACACCAAAGAAGUUUCUUUCUCUGGGUUCAAAGUUCCGCUACAGCGGUCGGACUCAGAUUCAGAGUCGCAGAGCCAGCGCUCAGAUCGCCAGACCUGCACCCAACUUCCCACGAUGCAUCAGCAAGAGGAACAUUCUGAGCCGCAGCCUGGAUGGAGCUCCAAGGACCACGCCCACUUCCUCUCUGAUUGGCUCUCCAGCCAGUACAACGUCCCUGAAAGCAAACGGUGGUACACACACAGAUAUGGGGCUGUACGGAGCAUCUAAAGCCAUCAGUGACCUCAUCACCAUUGUGACGCCUGAGAGGACGAUGGAGGAGAGGAGGGCGGAGUCAGUUGAGGAGGUGCUGGUGGUGGAGGUGGAAGAGGAGGUGGAAGAGGAAGAGGAAGAGACCAGAGCGACAGAGAAUUCUCAGCAGAGUCCUCCUACUCCUCAGAAGCCGGAAACCAAGACGGAGCUCACCGAUACAGCUGUGGACGGAGAUCUGACUGCCACCGAGUCUGAUCAGGAUGAAGACUUGAGGACCCUGGGGAGUCCGGAGGAGGAGCAGAGACCUCAGACCACCAUCAGCGCUCUCAGGCGCUCCUUCUUAGAGGGAGGGGGGGCGGGGGGGGGGAUGACGGAGUGGGAGAAACGUCUCGCCUCCUCACCUCUACGACGAGUCGACGACGCCCCGAUGAUCGAACCACUGGAACCAGACGAGGAGGGCGGGUCCAUAGCAAAGCGAGCUCCCCCUCAACCAAUCAGAGAGAAGACCUACACCGUGGGUCGGAGCUACGACACAGGCUCCGGGAGGGUCGUUACCAUGACAACAACGGAAGACAGCUCCAAUGUCACUGUGACAACAGCGAGCACUGCAAUGGGCAUCCCGCUGUCCACCGCUGAUGAUGUCAUCACAGGGGGGCCGCUGGUCACCAUCCGCGAGGUGAAGACGCCGACCUCGCCACCCGGCGUCAGAGGAGGCGGAGCCUCAGUGAUCUCACCUUUGACCCCCUUCCUUCCUCCUAAAUCCCCUCUGGAGGAGCUGAGUCUAAGCCCUGCCCCCUCACCGGGUCACAUGACGCGCAAGGCGUCGCCCUUUGUGACCAGACUGCCUAAACCUACAGUCGAUGGAAUGUCUCCUGAACUGACUGCUCUGCUGAACUCGGCCGUAGAACAAAACACUUUCAGAGAACACAACUUGCUGAAGACAUCAGAGAAGGUGGAGACGAUCUUCCUGAUGACGGAGUCAGGCGACCAGGACCAGCCAAUGGUGGACCAGCCUCAGGAGGUUCCAGUGUUGAGGAAGACUCUCACGUAUGAAGCUCCCGGGAGCCGCACGGACUCUGAUCCAUCUGCAGGUUUACUGCUGAGCUCCCAGACCUUCACGGCCGAGACCUCCACCACCACCACCACCACACACAUCACCAAGACUAUCAAAGGAGGAAUGUCAGAAACCAGAAUCGAGAAGAGAAUCGUGAUUUCUGGAGACACAGAAAUCGACCACGACCAGGCUCUGGCUGCGGUGCUUAGCGAGGCGCGGCUGCAGCAUCCUGAGCUGUCAGUCACACGAGUCGUUGUCCAUAAAGAAACGGAGGUCUCUCCUGAUCGUGUGAUUGAUUAGUGACAUGACAGGUAACAGGUGGUGAGCCGCACUGGAUGCUGAUUGGUUGGCUGGUGCA